CUCUCUUCAGUUCAUUCCGGUGCUACGGAUGGCGCUAUAAAAAAAAGCCCACAGGGCUCCGGCAGAACCCUGCCCAGCGUUGCAGUCGCCUGUAAUGGCGGGCACGACAGCGCUAAAAACAGGCCUGACAGCCUGCACUCAGUGCCAAUGCCACACGUGCAGACGGCGCUCCGAUCCGAUUCCGGACGUCCCUCUGCCCCUCUAAGAUUCACACUUUGCAAUACUACUUGGUUCUCUUGACGCCAGCUUGCUUGAACCAAUUCUCUGCCAGUACUUGCCAUCUUUACCAUUUUUUGCAUUUCUAUACUUCACCCUUAACCACCAUACGACACCAUGGAUUCCGUCGUAGAUGUCGCUGACGAGAACAAGGCUCUCGACCUCGCUCAUAUUCGCUACCAGCUCAUUCGUCUUGAGGACACCAUCACUUUCCAUUUGAUCGAAAGAGUGCAGUUUGCUCUGAACAAGACAAUCUACACGCCGGGAGCUUUGCAAAUCCCCAACAGCGACCUCAGCUUCUUCGACUGGUACUUUGCCGAGCAGGAGAAGCUUCAGUCACUCAUUCGUCGAUACGAGUCGCCCGACGAAUACCCCUUCUACCCUCGGUCCGUUCAAAAGCCCAUCCUGAAGCCGCUCAACUACCCGAAGAUUCUAUACAAGAACGACGUCGUCGUCAACGACCAAAUCAGAGCAUUCUACAUUGAAAAGUUCCUUCCCGCAGUGUGCCCCGACUUUGGCCGCGAGGACCAGGGCGAAUCGCAAGAAAACUACGGUUCGACAGCUACCUGUGACAUUGCCUGCCUCCAGGCUCUGUCCAGAAGAAUUCACUUCGGCAAGUUUGUCGCCGAGUCCAAAUUCCGCUCCGAUCCGGAAAAGUACACUCGCUUGAUCAAGGCAGAGGACCGCGAGGGUAUUGCAAAGGCCAUUACAAACCAGGCCGUAGAGGACCAAAUCUUUGAGCGCCUUCGCCUCAAGGCUCUCACUUACGGCAGAGAUCCCUCCGAAACCAAGGGCACCGAGUCACACGUCAAAAUCGAUGUGGAUGCCGUCGCAUCCAUGUACAAGGAAUAUGUCAUCCCUCUUACCAAGGAGGUCGAGGUGGAAUACUUGAUGCAGCGUCUUGAACCGGAAGAGUAGGGAGCAAAGGGUAGUUCAUUAUUCAUAGAGGGGGGUUUAUGUACUCGGUAACUGCUUUAAUAGCAGCUGGGAAUUUGCUAGCUUCAAUCAAAAUCAUGUGGCCCUGUGCUUUAAUUCCCAUCUCCUGGAAUGCGCGCUUGCUGUCCGCAACAGAGUCGUCCUCGCGCGUGUAAGCGAAGCCUCCGUGAGCAACAGCAUACUUUUGCAAAACUUCAUCUUCUGGGUGGAAGUAGAACAUGGAAGACUCCUCCUUGGCCUUCUUUCUCUUGCGUUCCUCGACAUCUAGCGUCGAUUCAACUUCUUGAUACGUCUUGGAGAGGAUAAGGUAGUGCGAGAAGUUGUACGGUUCGUUGUCUUCAACAGCAGCCUCAACUUCGUCGAUAAGCAUGGAGAAAAGGGGAGGCGCAAUCUCAGCAGGCAUAUUGAUGAAACGCUCAGAAAACACCAGGCCAACGUGGUGGUCUCCAGUGAGGAGAGGCGUCACCGUCGACGCCAAUGCUUCGUUUGUAUUCGCCUUUUCCACAAGGUACUUGAGAAUGUCCUGCAUAGGGGCCUUCUCGCGGUGGACAAAGGUGUUGAGGGCAGUAAGCAUAGCAUAGGCAUCGGUUCCCUUGCCGUCGGUCUUGACUGUCGAUCCAAUUGUGUUUUGCGCAAGAACAAGGUCAGCCAGCUCGGACAUGUUGAACUGGUUCGCGUCGACGUCGAAGAGCUGGCGGAGGAGAGCCUUUACACCGUGGAAGUCGAUCUCGGGGUCAAAGUUAAACCAUUCAAAGUCGACAUCAAUGUUGUCAAAGUC